AUGUUUGACCCGGCAGAAUAAUUGGGUCCACAGCAACAUGGGCGUGUCUCCUUAGAAACACUUAGUUUCAUGUAUGACUCAUAAGCUAGAGCACAGACACCACUUCCCCAAUCUACAGGAGCCAUUUUAACAGCAUAAAACUUGCCGGAUUGCUUUUUAUUUUCAAGCCCAAGAGGCGAAAUCUAAAGAGAAAGAAUGUUUGAAGGCUGAUCUUGAACCUCCUGCCUCAGCCUCCUGAGUACUGGGUUCCCAGCCAUGUACCACAACGCCUGGCUGCACUACGGUUUCAUCCACUUUCGCUUUCAUAUUGUCCAUGUCAGGUCAAGAAGAUUAAGAGAAGAAAAAGUUUAGGAAAAUUGCCUGUUUGUUUUAGACUAUUAGUGAAUCAAGAAAGUUUGAAGCAUCUUCUUUAAAGAACAUCUUGGGUAUACAGUAGUUUCACAGACUUGGCUGAGAGGUUCUACCCAAAUUUGUCAGUGGACCCUACUGCUGUACUCGAAUUUGUUUGGAAUUUUUUCUCAUGUGGAUCUAAGGGGAAUGCUUUAUUAUGGCUGCUGUUGUCCAACAGAACGACCUAGUAUUUGAAUUUGCUAGUAACGUCAUGGAGGAUGAACAACAGCUUUGUGAUCCAGCUAUUUUUCCAGCUGUCAUUGUGGAACAUGUUCCUGGUGCUGAUAUUCUAAAUAGUUACGCUGGUCUUGCCUGUGUGGAAGAGCCCAAUGACAUGAUUACUGAAAGUUCACUGGAUGUUGCUGAAGAAGAAAUUAUAGAUGAUGAUGAUGAUGACAUCACUCUUACAGUCGAAGCUUCUUGUCAUAAUGGAGAUGAAACAAUUGAAACAAUUGAGGCUGCUGAGGCACUUUUUAAUAUGGAUUCUCCUGGUCCUAUGCUGGAUGAAAAACGAAUAAGUAAUAAUAUAUUUAGUUCAUCUGAAGAUGACAUUGUUGUUGCCCCAAUCACUCAUGUAUCUGUCACAUUAGAUGGGAUUCCUGAAGUGAUGGAAACUCAACAGGUACAAGAAACAUAUGCAGACUCACCAGGUGCCUCAUCACUAGAACAGCCUAAAAGAAAGAAAGGGAGAAAAACGAAGCCCCCACGACCAGAUUCUCCAGCCACUACGCCAAAUAUAUCUGUGAAAAAGAGAAACAAAGAUGGGAAGGGAAACACAAUUUAUCUUUGGGAGUUUUUACUGGCCCUGCUGCAAGACAAAGCUACUUGUCCUAAAUACAUUAAAUGGACCCAGCGAGAAAAAGGCAUUUUUAAAUUGGUCGAUUCUAAAGCGGUGUCCAGGUUGUGGGGAAAGCACAAAAACAAACCUGAUAUGAAUUAUGAGACCAUGGGACGAGCACUCAGGUACUAUUACCAAAGGGGUAUUCUGGCAAAAGUGGAAGGUCAGCGUUUAGUAUAUCAAUUUAAAGAAAUGCCAAAAGAUCUUAUCUAUAUAGAUGAUGAAGAUCCAAGUUCCAGCAUAGAGUCUUCAAGUCCAUCACUGUCUUCAACAGCCACUUCAAGUAGGAAUCAAGCAACCCAAUCUAGAGUAUCUUCAAAUCCAGGGAUUAAAGGAGGAGCCACUACUGUUCUAAAACCAGGGAAUUCUAAAGCUACAAAACCCAAAGAUCCUGUGGAAGUUGCACAGCCACCAGAAAUUUUGAGGACAGUGCAGCCCUCACAGUCUCCAUAUCCUACCCAGCUCUUUCGGACUGUUCAUGUAGUACAGCCAGUGCAAGCGGUCCCAGAAGAAGCAUCCAUAACCAGUAGCAUACAGGAAGAAACAUUAAAUUCUUCCAUUCAGAGUAUUAGUGCUGAUGAUCAAACCCAAGGCGUCACGUGCACUAGGACUAUACAGGCGCCAGCCCAAGUUCCAGUGGUCGUGUCUCCUGGGAGUCAGCAGUUGCAUACGGUAACACUCCAGACAGUGCCAUUUACAACGGUUAUAGCCAGCACAGAUCCAUCAGCAGGUGCUGCGUCUCAGAAAUUUAUUCUGCAAGCCAUUCCAUCAUCACAGCCCAUGACAGUACUGAAAGAAAAUGUCAUGCUACAGUCACAGAAGCCAGGCUCCUCUUCAAUUGUCUUUAGCCCUACCCAGGUACAGCAGGUCCUUACUAGCAAUGUCCAGUCCAUUUGUAAUGGAACCGUCAGCAUGACUUCAUCCCCGUCCUUCAGUGCUACUACUCCUGUGGUGACUUUUUCUCCGCGAAGUUCACAGCUGGUUGCUCACCCACCUGGCACUGUAAUCACUUCAGUUAUCAAAGCUCAAGAAACAAAAACUCUUACACAAGAAGCUGAGAAAAAGGAGGUUGAAGAUCAUUUGAAAGAAGACAUUGAGAAAACUGAACAACCAGCACAACCUUAUGUGAUGGUGGUCUCCAGUACCAGUGGAUUUACCUCUCAGGUAGCUGUGAAGCAAAACGAAGUGCUGGAGCCAAACUCUUUUUAAGUAAUACCAAAGGAAUUGCAGCUGAUUUUUUAAAUUGGACUAAUUUUCAGUUGUCUUCAAACUAAGAUAAAUCCACAGAGGCUCCUAAUUUUGUAAUUAUAAAAAAUAAUUGAGUUAAUUGUGGCUUUAUUAUUUGAGAGAGGAAAGCCCAAGUUUUCUCUUUAUACCCUAGAUGUUUCAGAGUACAAUUGUGAAGGAACUGGCAUUUUAUACUAUGAAUCCAGUCUUUUGAAUUUUUCUUCAGUUGCUAUAUAGUAAGCAUUUUUAAAGUUUUUUUUCUAAUUUUACAUUGUAUUAGCUUUUCUCAUAUUUUUGUAAAUACAAUAAAUAUAAGGUGACAGGAGUUCUGUGUAGGAAGUAUUUGCAUUCCACUUGUUUAAGUCUUGACUCUUAUCAAAUGCCAGAAACUUAUUUUUAUGUUAAAAUUAUGUUACUGAGAUUGAAUUUAUUUGGCUGCACUCUUCAACAAAACUGUGAAUACAUAAAAUAUUAAAAAUUGCGUUAUGCCUAUGAUAUGUGGCUGUCUUGUUUCAGAAGCAGGAUAAUAUGAAAGUGUAAGCUUCAAAGUGGCUCUCCUUCUAACUAGCUGUGUAAUCUUGGACAAGUCACUUGAUUUUUUGGGGCCAUCUCAAAAAAGGAAAGGAUGCAUUGGACUAAAUGAUUACCAAUUUUCCAUCUAGUUCUGAAUUUUCAGAUUCUAAUAUAUAUGUUUUAAAAUUAUGACAAAUAUAACAGUAUCAAGUUGUUUUCUAAUGUAAAUAUAGCUAAGAUAUUACAGAAAAAUAAGUGACACCCCCCCACAAACUUCAUUCUGUUUUCAGAAAGAUCUGCCAUAAAUUUUUCCUAAGUUCUUUAUUAACUCUUUAGACCACUGAACUAUGUUUCAAUAGUAAACUUAGGUUAUUGAGUGCUAAAUGAUAUAUGUUAAGAGUCAAGGCUCAUAAUGGCCAAGAAAACAACUUGAGUCUCAGACUAAUCUGAUUGAGUGUAGUCAGUUGUAAGAGUGUAAUUGCUUUAUAUUUUGGAUCAUUUUUCAUUGAGGGUAGGGGGGAGGGAAGUUGCAUACAAAGAUAACAUAUAUAUCUGAGUUUCUGAAAUAAAAUAGUUUUUAGAUUACUUUUUCAGCUGUAAAUAAUGUACAUUUGUCACAAUUCUUUUCUGCAAAUUUUCUAGUAUAACAGAAAAAUUUUUGUAAAUGAAAAAAAUUAUGUUUAGAGGUCUAAUGUUAUGUUUUCAUAUUACAAAGUGAAUUUGUAUUUAAACAAAAAUUUAAAUUUUGGAAUUCUCUAAAUGUUUUUGUAUCUUUAAUUGGUUUAUUAUUAAAUAAAUCAUGUAAAAAUUC